UCUUACUCCACCCCUCACUCCCUUUAUAAAUCUCAACCAUAACUUGCACUUCAACACAAAGAGAAAUGGCACCAAAUCUCUCUCUAACUCCUUCUUCUUCUUCUUGCUUUCUUCUUCUGCUACUUCUCUUUUGUGUGGCGAUCUUUUCGUCUGCAGAAAAGGAUGGUUUCUUUGCGUCCUCGAAUCCGCAGUUCCCUAUUGGCCAAGCCGAGAAGUUGAUCAGGGGACUCAACCUGAUCCCCGGCCGCCACCAUCUCGCCGCCGCCAAGCAUCCUCCGGGGGCCGCCGCCGACCAGCCCAGACUCGCCGAGAGGCGUUUCAAGUUCGACUACCUGGGAAACCCUGGGGCUUCCGUGGAAGACCUGGGACAUCAUGCCGGUUACUAUAGGCUCCCACAUACUAAAGAUGCAAGGAUGUUCUACUUCUUCUUUGAAUCAAGAAGCAGCAAGAAAGACCCGGUGGUUAUAUGGCUAACCGGAGGACCAGGAUGCAGUAGUGAAUUGGCUUUGUUCUAUGAGAAUGGACCUUUUCACAUUGCAAACAACAUGUCUCUCAUAUGGAAUGAUUAUGGUUGGGACAAGAUUUCUAACCUUAUAUAUGUGGAUCAACCAACCGGGACGGGUUUCAGCUAUAGUUCAGAUGAAGAUGAUUUACGUCACGAUGAAAAUGGUGUCAGCAAUGAUCUCUACGACUUCUUACAGGCUUUCUUCAAGGAGCACCCUGAAUAUGUCCACAAUGAUUUCUACAUAACAGGAGAAUCAUAUGCUGGGCAUUACAUUCCUGCAUUUGCUUCUAGGGUUAACCAAGGAAACAAGAACAAGGAAGGAAUUCAUAUAAACCUCAAGGGAUUCGCCAUUGGCAAUGGACUUACAAAUCCAGAAAUCCAGUAUGAAGCUUACACUGACUAUGCUUUGGACAAUAAUUUGAUCAGUAAAUCUGAUCAUAACAGCAUAAACAAGUCUGUUCCUAAAUGUAAACAAGCAAUCAAGCUUUGCGGAACCGAGGGUGGAAAUACUUGCUUGGCGGCUUACUACACUUGCACAAACAUCUUCAACAUGAUACUGCAGAUUGCAGGCAAUAUAAAUUACUAUGAUAUCCGUAAGAGCUGUGAAGGGGACCUCUGCUACGACUUCUCGAACAUGGAAGCUUUACUCAACAAGAACACAGUUAGAAGUGCUCUGGGUGUUGGGGACAUCGAUUUUGUUUCAUGCAGUUCUGCUGUCUACCAGGCAAUGAUUUUGGACUGGAUGAGGAAUCUUGAAGUUGGUAUUCCUCCACUGCUUGAGGAUGGAAUCAAUCUGCUUAUAUACGCUGGGGAAUAUGAUCUUAUCUGCAACUGGCUCGGUAACUCAAAAUGGGUUCAUGCCAUGGAAUGGUCUGGUCAGAAAGACUUUCGUGCAGCACCAAAUGUUCCGUUUACAGUAGAUGGCGAGGAGAAAGGGAUACAAAAGAACCAUGGACCACUCACUUUUCUUAAGGUCCAUGAUGCAGGCCACAUGGUUCCAAUGGAUCAACCCAAGGCAUCACUGGAAAUGCUUCAGAGGUGGAUGCAAGGCAAACUUGCAUCAGCAGUGAAAGGGCAUCUUGCUCCCAUGUGACUACCGUAACUAUAAGAGCCAUAACACAAAAAAAAUUUCUGAUCUGUUUCACACAGCUUCCUCAAAUUGAUGUCCUGAUAACAGUUUAAUCAAUUCAUGUGCUUAUGUAGAUAUAAAUUGCACCUAUGGGCUUCUAUUGAUGUCCUGCAAUUUGUCACUGAAAUGGUUCAUUUAAAAGCAUUCAGAUGUUACAAAAGCUUUGAUCAAAUUGGAAUACAUUCCUUCACGGAUUCUCACA